UCUAGUCUUCAUCCCACGUUGCUCCACUGACCCUUUUCUCUCCUGGAAUCCUUCUAUAUAACGCCCAAGUCUCGCACCGCGCUCUAAAAAACAAGCGCCUUCCAUAGCUUAAAACCCAUGGCCCUCCAAGCUCUUCUGGAUUCCACCACAGAGGCCUUGCCAUGGGCGAUGGGGGACCGCUCCAAGCGCCGCCGCUCCUCUGCUCUCCGGACCGAGGAAGAAUAUCUCGCUCUUUGUCUCCUCAUGUUUGCGCGAGGCAACGACCGCCAGCAGCAACCGUUGCCUCUUCCUCCGCCGCCGAAGCCUUCUUACAAGUGCUCUGUCUGCAGCAAGGCGUUCCCUUCGUACCAGGCGCUCGGUGGGCACAAGUCCAGCCACCGGCGGCCUACCGGGCUCGAAGACGUGCGUCUCUUCUCCUCGUUCACCGGCAACGGGCCGGUGUCAUCGGGUGGGUCUGGCGGCGCCUCGGAGGGUGGCAGGGCUCACCGGUGCUCUGUUUGCUUUAGGAGUUUCGCGACGGGGCAGGCGCUGGGUGGGCACAAGCGGUGCCACUACUGGGAGGGUUGUUCGAGCUCGGGUGUCGCUGUGAGAGAUUUUGAUCUGAACCUGCCGCCGUCGCCGGAGUUUGGGGUGGAGCGGUGGGGAGUGGGUGAGGAGGAGGAGGAGGUGCAGAGCCCUCUGACCGCCAAGAAGCCAAGGCUUUUGAUUCCAGCCUAAAAUUUCUUUCUUUGUUUUUUCCAUCGUGGAAAGCAUUGCUUUUGGGGAUUGUGUUGUUGUUCUUAGCAUCGUAGGGAGGAAUAUUUGUUCUUUUUUUUGGGGAAAGUAAGCUGAUGUUUUGCUUUGUUUGGAGUAUUUAUUGUUCUUAGCAUCAUGGGAAGGAAGAUUUGUUCAUUUUUUGGGGGGGAAACGAAACCACCAAAGUAGUUUUGCUUUACCUCCAUCUCGUUUGGAUGUUGAUUUUUAUGAUGUUAGGGUUUCACAUCAUCCUUGUUCAAUAAAUAUUUUAUAUUUUAAGUAUAUAGGAUAAAGGAUCUUGUUCGAAAGGUAUUAUCAGAUUCACUUGGGAAAAUCAUGAAGUUCCGUUUUUUCCUUAAUUCAUGAUUUUACUAAACUUUGAUAGGUUUUGUUCAU